AUGUUGGCUACUGCACAGAUCCACCAAACACAGGCGAUUGUCUGCCGCCCACCCCAAGACGGCGCGAGGACGUGGGUCCUCGAGGAUGUGGCCCUGUCGGCUCCCGCAGAGGACGAGGUCAUAGUCGAGAUGGUGGCCACCGGGAUCUGCCACUCUGACAUCCGCUGCGGCAGCGGGACUGAUGGGGAGGCGCUACUCGGCCUGCCGCCGUACCCGCGGGUUCUCGGCCACGAAGGCGCCGGCGUGGUCAAGUCCGUCGGGUCAAAGGUCACCAAGGUCAAGGACGGCGACAGGGUCCUCCUGUCCAUGUCGUUCUGCGAGGAGUGCCACUGCUGCAAGGCCGGCGGCCCCGGGUUCUGCAAGAAGUGGGGGCAGAUCAACAUGGGCGGCGUCAAGGACGCCUUCUCCAGCCUCCAGAACCCCGGGGAGGCGGUCGGCGGCUCCUUCUUUGGGCAGUCGAGCUUCUCGCGGCUGACGAGGGUCAAGCAGUGCUCCGUGGUCAGGGUCACCGGCCUGGUCGACAACGACGAGGAGCUGAAGCUCCUGGCGCCGCUCGGCUGCGGGAUCCAGACCGGCGCCGGGACGAUGACCAAGCUCGCCGACGCCCAGCCGGAGGACACCGUUGCGGUCCUCGGGCUCGGCGCGGUGGGCUUGUCGGGCAUCAUGGCCGCCAAGAUCAGAGGGUGCAGGAUGAUCAUCGCCGUCGACAGGGUCCCGUCGAGGCUCGAGCUGGCCAAGAGCGUGGGGGCCACUCACACGAUAAACACGAGCACCAUCAAGGGUACCCUGACAGAGGAGGUCAGAGGGAUCACCGGGGGGGUCGGGACGACCAUCACGAUGGACGCCUCAGCGGCAGCUCCGUUGAUCCGGCAGGCCUUGGAGUUCACGGCCAAUCAGGGGAAAACAUUCCUCCUCACCACGCCGCCGAAGGAUCCAGUGUUGCAGCUCGACCUUUCCUCCCUGAUCUUUUACAUUCCGACCAUGAUCCAGUGGUACAAGGACGGAGAGUUCCCCGUGGAGAAGCUGGUCAAGUUCUACCCGGCCCAAGAUCACCUCCAGGCGGUCAAGGACAUGGAGGAUGGCACCACGGUCAAGCCGAUUCUUUUGUGGUGA